CUUGCUAGGAAUAUUUUAAAGUUUAUUUUUAUUAAAAAUUAUCAAAACAUUAACAAAAUGGCUGAAAUGACAAACAACAUGGCGAGCAUAACGUUCAACCAUUAUGAGUUGAAUAAAACUGACUGGGAGGUUCCUUCAAAGUAUGAGGACUUGAUCCCCAUAGGCUGCGGUGCUUAUGGGAGUGUGUGUUCUACUUAUAACUCUGAGCUUAAAAUGAGAAUGGCCGUCAAAAAGUUGGCAAGACCGUUUCAAUCUGUGACGCACGCUAAGCGAACAUACAGGGAACUGAGGUUACUGAAACACAUGCAUCAUGAGAAUGUUAUCGGGCUGUUGGACGUCUUCACACCAGCUACUACAUUGGAGGGAUUCACGGACAUGUACCUCGUCACACACUUAAUGGGUGCAGACCUUAACCAGAUCAUAAAAUCACAGAAGUUGACAGACGACCACGUCCAGUUUUUAAUUUAUCAAAUCCUAAGGGGUUUGAAGUACAUUCACUCUGCAGGGAUCAUACAUCGAGAUCUCAAACCAAGCAAUAUAGCAGUGAACGAAGACUGUGAACUGAAAAUUCUUGACUUUGGUCUGGCUAGACUCACAGAUGACCAAAUGACCGGAUACGUUGCAACGCGAUGGUAUAGAGCGCCUGAAAUUAUGUUAAACUGGAUGCACUACAACCAGACUGUAGAUCUAUGGUCUGUUGGUUGCAUUAUGGCCGAGCUGCUCACUGGAAAGACCCUAUUCCCAGGCUCUGAUCAUAUUGACCAGUUAAAGUCAAUAAUGAAUCUUUGCGGGACGCCGAGAGAGGAUUUAUUGGAGAAAAUAAUCUCGCAAUCGGCGAGAAAUUUCAUCAAAACGCUUCCCAUAAUCCCUAAGAAGGAAUUUGUCAAUGUUUUUGUCGGCGCCAACCCCAAAGCCGUGGACCUGCUUGAAAGAAUGCUGGUGCUUGACACUGAUUGCCGACUAACUGCCAGCGAAGCGCUACAACACCCCUACCUUGAGAAGUUCCACGACCCCGAUGAUGAACCGAGCGCCCCACUGUACGACAAAUCUUACGAAGACGCAGAAAUAUCGAUUGAUGAAUGGAAACAGCUAGCGUACGAUGAGAUUAUAAACUUUGAAUUUUCGCCGGAUCUUAUCGCUGAUUUCCAGUGAAAAUUCCUUAAAGACGAUACAUAUGUGCACUGGCCUAAAUGCUUAAUUUUAUUUGUUUAUUUUUAUUGGAUUAGAAUCAGUUGUAUUUUUUGGCAUAUUGUUGGAUUUUUGUGUAUUAUGUAACUUUAUGCAUAUGCUGUUUCCAAACCACAGCAUACCCACGGUAUUAUAAUUUCAUGCAGUGGCGCAGCCAGGGGGGUUUAGGGGGUAGCGACCCGCGACCCUGCCCUUUUAAACCAAAAAAAAAAAUAAUUAAAAAAAAAAAAUUUGAAAUUUUUUUAUUAAACCCGCCCCUCUUAUUUUUUUUUUGGCUGCGCCACUGAUUUCAUGCAUUAUUGUAAUGCAUGUUUGCUUCCAAUUAGCUAUAAGAAUAUAAUAGUUACUUUUAAAUACCAAGACGAAUUUUAAGCUCAAAUGUUUGAGUUAGUUUGACCAUAUUAAUAAUGUAAAAGCUUUUUUUUUCUAAAUGUUUAUAAUUUUACACCCACCAAGCUUCUGUACCUUUAAUAUUUAGUUGACUUUUACUUUGGGAGGUACUUUGAAAUUUAGGAGGUUUUUUUAAACAGUCAAUAUAAGAAUUUUAACUCCUAAUAGUUAAGUAAUGGCAGAUAUAUGAUUAGGAAUUUUAACUCAGAACAAAGUUGUCUUUUAUAUUUUGUUCAUUUUAUUAAGAGUAUAUUUUAUCAGGCUAUCUUUGAAUGAACAAUCUUUAUGUAUAUUCUUGUAAUUAUCGCUUCAUAAUGAUUAACGUAUUUGCUUUAUGAUGUCAUAAGUCCCCUUUGCUUACUAACUUUGCAACUUAGCAGUUUUUUGAAUGGUUUUUGUGUAUCCUGUUUUACACCUUAGAACUAGUCUAUUUGCAACAGUUGCGUUUCUAAAACAAAAUAUUUAUAACUGGUGCGUAAUGAUAAUAAUAGCAUAAUAGACAGACACUGUUCUAAAGUUGAUAUUUUUUGAACUUUCAAAUAUUGUUGCACUACUAUUCAUAGGCACCAAACUUUAUAAAAUUCAGGGGAGGCAAGGAUAGCCCACACUUCCACCCCAGGUUUGGUUUUUUUUGCACUAAUUAUGUUGAAAUUAUUAAUUGUUAAAUUGUCGCUUAAUUUUUAAAACUGACAUAUAUUUUUUUGCAUUGUCAAUCAAAUAUUACAACAGUGCCUUUGUUUGAUUUGGAGCAAAAUGUCUAAAAUAUCCCAGUUUUUAAUCUAAAACCUAAUUUUAAAAUUCCCCCUCAAAGUCAUUUAAUUUGCAACAAAUCAUUAAAACACAAAAUAGCAAUAUUAUAUUAGGGUGAAAAUUGUCAUUUUACCCUCCAAUAAUUUUGGCUUUGUCAGUCCAUGUUGUCUACUAAUAUUUACGAGUUAAGGCUUUUCCAACUUUUCACAACGAAAUAUUUUUCCAACUUGUUAAAACCAGUUUAUGUACCAAACCAUAGGCAUGCCAUGUUCUCUCUAGCUGUUUCUGCCUUUUAGUUGCCAAAUCUUUAAAACAAGCCCAUAUUUUAAUUCUACUGAAAAUAGUUUGAGUAAAACUUUUAAAGGAUAAAUCCAGCUCUUGUGGUUUUGCAAUAUUAUUGUUAUUGUUUCCAUCUUUGCGUGUUUCCGUGUUCGCUUCCACACAAGUUUUAGUUCUCAUAACAUGAAAUCUUAAAUAGAACGACUGUUAAAUCUUACAACCUAAAUAAAAUUGUACAGACUACAUCUUAAAUAAUGUAAACGCACAUGUUUAAAAAUGCCUAAAUAAAACUAAACAAACAUUUAUUGUAAAUAAAUCUCUUAAGAUAAAAGUUAAAAUGGCGUUAUCUCAAAACCUAAAUAAAAACGUAAACAAUUGGCAGUUUAAAUUAUGCAAACAAACAUGUUUAAAACAUUUAUAACUUUAAAUAUUUAUUUCCUUGUACAUUUCUUAAGAUAAAAUCCAAAAUAACAGCACUGUCACAUGUCACGUCUUACAGCCCAAAAUAAGAUUAAAAAAUGACAGUUUAAAACACACUUGUGGCUAAGUUGUAAUUGUGACUUUUUUGAGUUGUAUGUUUUUACUGGUAUUUGACUAUUUGUAUAGAAGUUUAUUUUUCUGUCAUUUUUUUUCGUACAAUCUUUUAAAUGCAUGGUUUCAUUGUUAAAAUAUAAUGGUCAUUGUUAAACUACAAUCGAUCUGUGAAAUUCAGUCUUUAAUAUGUGUUUUAUAGAUAUUGGUAUUAUGUUAGUUAAUGUACGAAAUGGGCAUAUAAAAACUUGCAUGAGUUGUUUAAAAGUCCGCUAAUAUAAUGUUUCUAUAUUAAAUUGUAUAUUGUUUCUAUUUUAAGCUUGUAUAAUGUUUCUAUUUUUCGCACUUUUUCUCGUUAG